CUCGGUUUCAGAGCCUUCCACUGAUCACACCCUGAGUGGCAAGGUAAUAGAUGCUCUCUCCAAUCCUCUCCUUCUACAGCUGGUACACCUGAGGCCCAGAGAGGAAGUGCACACUGUAAGUCUGCAGUGCCAGGGAUAGAACCCAUGUCUCCUGCAUCCAGUUCUUGCUUUAUGACAUCUUCCCUGCUCCUUUGACCCUGGAACAGAAUUAAGGCAGGAGGAUUCAUCUCUAAGUAAGGGUGAGAAGCACCCUAGGUGCAAUCUGUUCGAGAGGUGCUUAAGAGCACUUCCCUCACCCAAGAGGCCUACCUGGGAAGGCAGGAUCCACCAACUGAUUAACACGUAUUGAGUUCACCGAUGUCAAAAGGGCGAAGAAUAGAGGAAAUGACCUGUAGGUGCUGGAGGGCAUGGGGGAAAGAGUUAAAGAGGGACAACUUCAGCAGACAAGGCCAUUAUGUCCUCUCCCUUCUGCCCCCAGUUACCUCCAGUCUGCAGUGAACCAGCUUGAGGGUCUCCCACUGUCUCCUCUCUGCCUGCACGCCAUGACCGAAGACACCACCAAAUCAGCCAGCAGAGGGGUGUGUUGCUCUGUGCUUUUAUAGCAGGAAGCAGGACAUGAUCCCGCCCUCUCCACACUGGAGACACCUGAAUCUUCUCCAGCCCUCCCAGCUGAGAGGAGGGGAUUUGGGAAGGGAGAGCCUUUCUGGAAGGCCUGAAAUAAGCAGAGUUCUGCGCUUUCUGACACUUGCCUUGCUGUUCCACCAGCUGCUCUGCGGGCCAGCCAUGAAACCAGAGUUCCUUGAAACUGGCUCCAGAGGGGAUCCUGAUAGAUGUGACAUCUGGGGAAAUACUCCCUUACAUUACGCAGCCUCCAAUGGUCAUGCCCACUGUGUCUCAUUUCUGAUCAACUUCGGUGCCAACAUCUUUGCCCUGGACAACGAUUUCCAGUCUCCACUGGAUGCUGCUGCCAGCAGAGAGCAGAAUGAAUGUGUUGGUCUCUUGGAUAAGGCUGCCACUGCCCAGAACAUCAUGAACCCCAAGAAGGUCACCAGGCUGAAGGAGCAGGCUCAGAAGAAUGCCAGGAGGCAGAUCAAAGAGUGUGAGAGGCUCCAGGAGAAGCACCAAAAUAAGAUGGCCCGCACCUACAACAAGGAGGAAUCUGGGACUCUUUCUUCUUCCAAGGGCACUUUCUCCAGGUCACCCCUUUCAAAUGCUUCUGCUUCCAACACAUUCGGGUCACUGUCUAAGGGCAUUAAAGACACCUUUAAAAUAAAGUUCAAGAAGAACAAAGACACAGCAGAGCCGUUAGGGAAGGAGAGAACAAGUGGGCAGAAGAAUGUGAUGGAAGUGUUCAGAGAGGAGCAGGAGGAGGAGGAGGAGGAGGAAGAUCGCUUCCCAGGGGACUUCAGAGAGAAGCUCCAGUUCUCCGUAAAGGGGGACAGCUGGGUGCAACACGAAUCCAUUCUCAACCGUCCAGGUCUAGGAAAUGUUGUUUUUAGAAGGAACAGAAUAUUGAGCCCUGAAGACAUCUCAGACAGCAAGAGGGAGUUGGGGUUUAAAAUGCCCAGUGAAUUGCUUCAGAGACAAGGAGGAGCUGAGGCUGAUGAAGAGGGAGCGGAAAACAACAGUGAAGAUGAUCUGCCUUGGGAUGAGGAUGAAGUGGAAUGGGAGGAAGAUGUGAGUGAUGCUACUCCCCUGGAAGUGUUCUUGCAGUCCCACUACCUGGAAGAAUUCCUUCCCAUUUUCAUGAGAGAGCAGAUUGAUCUGGAAGCUCUGCUGCUUUGCUCUGAUGAGGACCUUCAGAGCAUACACAUGCAGCUGGGUCCCAGGAAGAAAGUCCUUAAUGCCAUAAACAGAAGGAAGCAGGUGCUACAACAGCCUGGGCAGUUGGUCGACACCAGCCUCUGAUGGAGUGUUGGGUCAACUGGGUGAGUCUGCAGCAGUGGGGUGGUGCUGUGGCCCACUGGAAACAUUUCAGGCAUUACCCACUCUCUACCCAAUACCAGACUACUGGGUUUCUAGGGUUUUGGAGGUGUCCAUCAAAGAGGCCCAAAUUCUACUCUGAGAAAUACUCUAUACCUCUCCACAUAAACCACUAAUGAGAAACUCAAGGAGACCUGGGAAUAAGAAAAUGGCAUCUCUCUUCAAUUAUCUUCUUGAUAUUUUUGAAUACAGAAAGGAUGAAAUGGAUGACAGAGAAGGGAAAAAACUUUCUUCACUUUCCUAACUCUGGACUCAAAAUUAUAAUCUCUCGUCACAUUAGCUGCUGCUUAAUUUCUCAUCCUCAUAGUCUAGGGAUUCUAACUCCAGUUCUGUCCUUAGCUCUAUGACUUUACCUGUUGGUGGAGACUAAAGUUCCUCCAUUGGCCUGUGGCGUGAUGCCCAACUUAAAUGUGUCUAACCCUUCAACAGAUGUUUACAUGUUUACAAGUAAUAGAAAUGGGUCUAUAGUACUCCUGCCUGGGAACAGAGAGAGGAUGGCACGUAGAGAGAGAGAAGAAAGAAACAGAAUGUAUGGUACCUGUAUGGACUGAAUUUUGUCCCUCCAAAAUUCUUAUGUUGAAACCGUAAUCCCUAAUGUGACUGUAUUUGAAGAUAAGACCUUUAUUAAAGAGCUGAUUACGGUUAAAUGAGGUCAUAAAGGUGAGGCCCUAAUUCCAUAUGACUGUUGUCCUUUGAAGAGGUAGAGACACUGGAGAUGUGCACACACACAGAAUAGGCUAUGUGAAGACACAGCAAGAAGGCAGCCAUCUGAAAGCCAAGGAGGAAAGCCUCAGGAGAAAUCAAACCUUCUACCACCUUGAUCUUGGACUUCCAGCCUCCAGAGCUAUAAGAAAAUAAAUUUCUGUUGUUUAAGCCAC